GUGAAAAAGUUUAAUUGCUCAUGUUUUUGUACUGAGAAAUUGUCGAGUGACGCUAAUCUAUCUGAUUAUGCUACUCCCUCUUUGUCCACCAAUUCAGUCUGAAGAGUGAUUUCAAGCGUAAAGCAUGAGUUCUAGUGAUAGUCCUGAUGGGAAAUUUGAGGUGUCUACUCAAGAAUUGUCUCCAAGAGCGACACUGAGCCACGAGGCAUACCCAAAAAUGAAAUUCAGUUGGAAAUUGUGGAAAUCUCGACGGUACAUCGUCACUGUUAUGAGCCUUUUGGGAUUCUUCAAUGUCUAUGCUUUGAGAGUGAGUCUUAGCGUUGCCAUUGUUGCAAUGACUCAAAAAGUUAAUGUUACCCUUGAAAAUGGAACCAUUGUUGAAGAACAAGAAUUUGACUGGGAUUCCAAACAGCAAGGACUAGUCCUUAGUUCAUUCUUCUACGGGUAUAUCUGGACCCAGCUUGUUGGUGGGAUUUUGGCUGCUCGUUUUGGGGGACACAUUGUUUUUGGUGUUGGAACAGGAGUGAGUUCGAUUUUGAUGAUGCUUUCACCAGUUGCAGCCAAGCAAGGGGUCAUACCGUUGAUAAUUACAAGAGUGUUAAUAGGUUUAUUUGAAGGUGUAUCGUAUCCUAGUAUUCAGGAUGUAUACGCUCAUUGGGCACCGAUUUACGAAAGGACUACCAUUACUGGAAUAGUACAUAGUGGAAGUCAAAUAGGAACUUUUACAUCCUUCCUUGUAUCUGGACUGUUUGCCCAAUAUCUCGGUUGGGAAAGCAUCUUCUAUGUCUUUGGGGGCAUAGGUUGUCUUUGGUUUAUCAUGUGGAUGAUCUUCAUAAAGAGAGAUCCAGCAAGUGAUCCACGAAUUUCUCCCGAAGAAAGAGCCUAUAUUGAAUCAAAUCUUGAGGAACCGAAUCCCAAUAAAAAUGUUCGACGGCCUUGGAAGUCAAUUUUCACAUCUUCAGCUGUUAUAGCUCUCGUUACUACUAACGUCUGUGAUACUUGGUCCACUUACACCUUCUUAACGCAAAUUCCGACGUUCCUGAACGAUGUAUUAAAGUACGAUCUUGGAACUACGGGUAUUCUAGCAGCAGCUCCGUAUUUAAUGUUCAUCAUCAUGGUCUUCAUAGUUAGUCCACUCAGUGAUUUUCUUCGGACCAGGAAAUUUCUCACCACUCAACAAGUACGGAAAACCUUUAUUGGUUUCGGUUUUCUCGUUACCGGAGCCUUCCUUGCAAUUAUGUCCAAUUUGGACAAUGUUACUGCUAUUAGUGCCUGCCUUAUACUAGCAGUUGGAAUAACUGCAUUUUCGAAAACAUCGUAUUUCGCAAAUCCUCUGGACUUUGCUCCCAAUUACGCUUCAGUUAUUAUGGGGAUCUCUAAUACUUUUGGAACCGUUCCUGGAAUCGUUGCUCCAACAUUCGCAGGAUUUAUGGUUCAGAAUGGAACUCAAGAAGAAUGGAGAGUCGUAUUCUACAUUGCAGUUGGAUUUUGUGUCUUCGGGACUAUAGUAUUCGGGAUCUUUGGGAAAGGAACAGUUCAACCCUGGGCUCAGACCGAUAUUACAUCAAAAACGAAACCAUCAGAAGAAGUCCAAACAUCCCAAGUGUCUAAAACGUUAUGAAGAGAAUAAAACUAAAUAUUUAAUGGCUUGUUUAA